AUUCAAAAUGAUUUAAUAGCAGAAUCAAACAUUCAAAUACCCGUCAAUAAACUAUUUGAAUCCAAAUUCUUCAUUUAGAAAAUAUGUAAAAGAUGAAAAUUUCACUUAAUGUAUAAUUGAAUGCAAAGUGGAAGAUAAUCAACGGUCAUCUAUUUCAACAGAAGGAUCAUAUGACUAUUCAUAAUCUUUAAAAAUAAAUAAAAAGGUUAAAAUAACAAAAAACAAGGAUAAAUAAUUACCAUAAAAAUCAGAAACCAAGAACAUACCCAAAAAUUUUGGAGUAUUGUUAAAAAAAUAUUUAUGUACUCUCAUUAAACUUAUUUUAUUAGGUAGUAAAAAUGUAGAUAAUUAGGCAAUUAAAGCAUUCUUAAAGAAUGGGGAACACAAAAAGAAUUUCUCUAGACAAGACUUUACUAGACUAUUUAAUGAUCCACUUGCUGCAGACUUAUCAAGAGAGUAUUUCUCAGGAUUUUAAAUUAUACAUGAUCUUAUGAUAAGUGAAAAAAUAUAGGAUGUUAAAAAUCAUCUCAAAUAUAUAAGUAAAUUUUAUAAUUCCACUUAUAAUAAAUAAGAGCUUGAUGAACUUAAGUUAUCAUGA